AUGACAGGACCGACGUCAGGAGGUGGAUUCCGUCUCCGCCUCCGUUGCCCGUUGGACGCGCGCGCUUCGCCGCCAGUCCAUCCGAACGCCGGUGCUCGCUUCUCGCAUCGUCGAAUGCUGUUUCACCCCUGCUCUCCCUCUUGCCCUUCCCCCCUCUCUUCAGUGCCUGAUGCUACCUCCCUUGCUCCCUUAGCCGAGACUUCGAGACGUCCUCCUGUCCCUGCUGCUCUUUGGCUCGCGGUGAUUUUGCUCGGCUCGCUCGCACCACGUCUCUCCGAAAACCGCACUGUCCAGUGUAUGCGCUCGCUGCCGUGUCUCGUCGGGCUCCCCUUCUCGCGCCCAUCAUAUCCACGGCCGCCGCUGCGCACCUUGCCCGGUCCCACCUCGUACCAGUCACACAGCUCGACGCCGCGCACCUCUGUAUCGCGCGCCCGCACCAACGGCAAGGCACGUGCACAGUCUUCCCGCUCGCCACCGAAUCGAGACUCGGAGCACGACAGCACGUCCACCGACGACUUUUUCCACGACGACGACGACGAAGACGACGACGCCGAGGACGCAGCUCGGAGACCGUUUUUGCAGCAUCGGCCAUCCUCGGCGUCUUCUUCUCGUCGGGGUCGAACCAGUACACGCCCGGGAAAUCGCCGGUCCAACUCGAUCAAGAUGAAGCGCUCGCAUCCACAAAAGCUCAACGACCAGUACCGGGACGACGAAACCGCCGCCAAGUCGGCAGGCGCGCUCGAAGCGUCCAACGAUUCAGCGGCGGGCUCUUCACCGCGCGGCGAGUCUGCGAGUGCGGGAGAGGGCGCACGUGGACCGGGCGAUGUGACGCUCGACGACCUGUUUGAUCCCACCAAGACGCUGCAGGAGAACAAGUCGAUGAUGAUCUCGGCCGAGCUGGAUCGUAUGGGCAUGGGUCGAUACCAGAUCUGCAUCUGGUUCCUGUGUGGCUGCGGCUACUUUAUCGACCUUCUGUGGGCGCAAGCGCUCGGCCUCAUCGUCACCCAGGUGGCGUACGAAUUCGACGGCCAAAUCCAUGGUGCCACUGGUCCGCUACAAACCGCCUUUUCAACAGGGCUUACUGUGGGUGCCUUCUUCUUUGGGUUUGCCGUCGACGUGGUCGGCCGACGAUGGAGCUUCUACCUCACCACGUUCAUCGCGUCGGUGUUUGGGAUUGCCAGUGGUGGCGCACGCAGCUUCGACACUCUUUGUGUGUUGGCGGCGCGAUUCCUCGUGGCGGCGCUGUCGAUCUUUCAGCCGCUGGGUGUGCUGGUGUGUUCGGGCAUCUCGUACGGCUUGAUCCCCAAGUACGCGUGCGAUUCGGCAGCAACGUGCACGAGGAGCAACAACAUGGGCUGGCGCUAUACGCUCUAUACGCUCGGGUGCAUUACCUGGCUCAUCUUUGUGGCGCGCUUCUUUGUGUUCAAGUUCCGCGAGUCGCCGCAGUACCUGCUUGCGCGCGGUAAGGACGCCAAGGCUCUCAAGGUGAUUCGACAGAUCCUCGAGACGAACAAGAGCAAGUUGGAACCGCUCUUCACCCAGGCCGACUUCCACGAAGCUGCGAGGCGGAUCGCUGCGCACGAGGGACGCGAGUACGACGAGGACGAACACGAGGGACUGCAUGCCGGUGGCGUCAAGAGGUCGAGAAUGGCAGCGGCCAAGAAGUCGGCGAGGGAAAUGCUCGCGCUCUUCUUGAACGCAAAGACGCUGUUCAGGAACAGGACCAUGGCCAGGGUGACGACGAUCAUCUGGAUCACCUUUAUCGCCGACUUUUGGGGCUUCACCUUGGCCGGCUUUUAUCUGCCCCAGAUCCUCAGGGCAAAGGGCGUCGAGGAGGAUACGUCGAUCGAGACGAUCUAUCGGAAUUACAUUCUGAUUUACUUUCCGGGCAUUUUCGCCGUCGCGUUCGGCGCGGCCAUGAUCGAGGUGCCCCGCUUCGGACGUCAAUGGGCGAUGGUCGUAUCGUCCGCCCUCAUGGCGGUCUCGUUCUUCCUCUUUAGCCGAGUCAGCGACACGGCGGGUUCUAUUGGACUCAAUGCCAUGGAGUACUUCUUCCAGAGCUUCUUCAACUCCAUACUGUAUGCGUUUGUACCCGAGAUCUACCCUUCUCAGGUGCGGGGCACUGCAAGCGGACUGGCAAGCACGCUCGGCAGGAUCGCAAGCAUCGUGGCGCCGCUAGCCGCCGAUCCGCUGUACAGGGACAAGACCGAGGAGCAGGCACGACACGUGCUGUAUCUCGCGGGGAGCAUCACUCUGCUCUGCCCCAUUGCGCUGGCCUUCCUGCCCUACGACACGAGGGGCAUGCGCGUGUAUUGA